AUGGGGGAAGACGAGUACGGUGCCGCAGGAAGACCUUCAGGAUCACAAGCGCCGCCGAGCCGGUCCCUGCUCACGGUGACGCUACAGGACCGAGCAGAACUGACUGAUGGGUGGUCAGGGCUGAGCAGGGACCCGGCGGCAGACGGCCUCCUCUUUCACCUGCACAGCAGCAGUAGGUUCCCAACCUUGAGCCACCAGGGCGCCUUCAUCCAGGAGGAGAAGCCGAAAAGAUACCAAGACCUUCCGCCCCAGAGCUGGAGCGGCUGCUGGGUUCAACCGCCAACCUGUCGGCUAGCAGCCCCACAGGGUUUGGAUUCAGGAUUUGUUCCUAGUGUCCAAGACUUUGAUAAGAAACUUACAGAAGCUGAUGCUUAUCUACAAAUCUUGAUAGAACAAUUAAAGCUUUUUGAUGACAAGCUUCAAAACUGCAAAGAUGAUGAACAGAGAAAGAAAAUUGAAACUCUCAAAGAGACAACAAAUAGCAUGGUAGAAUCAAUUAAACACUGCAUUGUAUUGCUGCAGAUUGCUAAAAGUACUAUUAGUCCUGUAGAUGCGGUAUAUCAACCUAGUCCCUUGGAACCUGUGAUCAGCACAAUGCCUUCUCAGACUGUCUUACCUCCAGAACCUGCUCAGUUAUGUAAAUCAGAGCAGCGUCCAUCAUCCCUCCCAGUGGGACCUGUAAUAGCUACCCUGGGACAUCAUCAGACUCCAACACCAAACAGUACAGGCAGUGGGCACUCACCACCUAGUAGCAGUCUGACUUCUCCAAGCCACGUCAACUUGUCUCCAAACACAGUCCCAGAGUUCUCUUAUUCUAGCAGUGAGGAUGAAUUCUAUGAUGCAGAUGAAUUCCAUCAAAGUGGCUCAUCCCCAAAGCGCUUAAUGGAGUAG